GCAAACAGGAGGGUUAUUAUUAGGUUCCCCCCACCCUCCCCGGGUCCAAUUUCCAGAAUGACGCCUGCCAACCUCAUGUUCGUGGACCAAAAAAGGCUGCUCACCCCUAAGGAGAAAAACAAACUGAGAAAACCCAUGAUCGAAAAAAUGCGCCGGGACAGGAUGAAUAGCAGCAUCGAGCAGCUCAAACAGCUCCUGGAGAAAGAGCUGCAAGGCCAGCAGGCCGGUUCCAAGCUGGAGAAAGCCAACAUCCUGGAAAUGGCCGUCAGAUACCUGAAGCAUCAGAACAGGGUGCAGGGCGCAGCAGGGCCUGCUCCCAAGGAGAGGGAAGUGGAUUUCCAAGAAGGCUACGCCAGAUGCCUUCAAGAAGUCUCCCGCUUCCUGCUCCUUCACAAAGUGCAGCCCCAGACCCAGAAGAAGCUGAUGUGCCACUUUCAACACGUCCCCCUGCCCACUCUGGAGUCUGCCUUCGCCUCGCAGCCGGCUGCGCGUUGGAAGAAGCCACCCAACCCCAAGAAGAACAUCUGUUCUCUUUGGCGACCAUGGAUGGAGUCAAGUCGAUGAUGAAGAUGUGGAAGGACUUUCUCUCCUUCUCUCUCUCUCUCUCUCUCUCUCUCCUUUGGAUUUAUUCUCUGGCCUCCUCUGCUUCUUUCUUUCUGGUUUUGGAAAGUUUGGAAAAGGGCGUUCCUCUCUCCCCUCUGGAGGGGAGGAAAAACACCCCGUUAUUUAUUCUCAAGAGGGGAAGCAGAGAAGGUGAGGUUGGGAAGUGGGACCAGUGGGGAAAAAACCCAGGUGGAAACGGUGCGCCCCCCUCCUAGGAUGAGGCGUGUCAGGAACCUGGUUUCCCUCCUGCUUUGGCUUUAACCAGGUUUUAGCUGGUGGGAAAGGUAGCUUGGCCACCCGCUAGGAAAUGGGCGACGAAAGGGGUGGGGUGGGGUGAAUUUUCACCUUUCUGUAAGGCAACCCCUAAAUCUUGCUUUAUAUUAAAGAGAGAGGGUUGCCGGAUGCGUGGAUGUCAUACAUUUGGAAAGUAAGGAUGAUCCUGCGUUGUUUUUUUUUUGGGGGGGGGGGGGGGGGGGGGGGGUUGGACG